UCUCGGUGCAGUCGGAGCGCCAUGUCCGGACUAUUCCACAACAUAAAGGGUCGCAGGUUCAAGGUAGCCUUUGAAAAUAAUUCUAAUAGGACGGAACAUCCCCCAAACCACCAGGAUGUAGUUGAGUGUUGUUGCAGUGACGCCUGGGUGGACUUCACUCAGACAACAUCCCUACAAGGGCUGCGGUACAUAUGGAUGCGAGAAACGAUCCCUAUCAGGAGACUGCUAUGGCUUCUUCUAACAGUGACGUGUGUUACCGUCAUGAGCUACCAGAUUGUCGAACGCGUCAUCUACUACUACAACCACCCUGUCACUGUCAACCUCAACGUCAAAUACAACAAAACUCUCUUAUUUCCUACGAUCAGCAUCUGCAACCAGAAUACUUUCCGUGCCAGCAAGGCAGCAGAGCUUGGAUACUAUGAAUUUUUGACCGCCAUGUUUACUGGAGGCAGAAGAUUGUCUGUCCUUGACCUUGAGAGGAGAAACGCCACGAACAUGACCUUGAGGCAUCUGUACGCCAGCACAGCUCAUGCAAUGGAGGACAUGAUCGUCAGUUGUCAGUGGCGAGGGGAACCCUGCGGUAUCUUCAACUUCACUGAGAUAAUGACAGAUCACGGCGUCUGUUUCUCGUUCAACCUACCUGACCAAAACACAUCUGACCGAGACCGUCUUCACGUCACAGAAGAGCUGAGAACGGGGCUGUCCCUGACGCUCAAUGUGGAGCAGUACGAGUACAUGCCCGGGCCCCACGACGCCGCAGGGGUCAAGAUCCUCAUCCAUGACCACAGACAGUUCCCCAAGGUGCAGGAGCUCGGUAUCGCCCUACCCACGGGGACACAUUCAUUCGUCGGCAUGCAGCUCAUCUCGAUUAAUAAUCUUCCUAAACCACACGGAGAAUGUCAGUGCCCUAGCCUGAAGUACUUCCCUCACUACUCAAUCGAGACAUGUCAAGUGGAAUGUUCCAUGGUGCAAAUUUCCCAAAGGUGUGGCUGUCGGCUCUUCUACAUGCCGGAAACGGAAGAUGACAUUCCACUCUGCACUCUAGGGGAUUACUACGGUUGUUACAAGCCUUUUGCGGUGGAGAUCCGAGAGUCUGUGCAACAGAACUGUCACUGUCCUGUCCCAUGCAACUACACACUCUUUGAUGCAACCGUAUCAUACGCCACGACCUCCACCUUCGUCAUCGACCGUUUCCUCAGCAACACAAACAGAUCAGCCCUGAAAAUGAAAUACCAGAACGCCAGAGACAUCACCCAUCGUCUUCAAAUCAACAAAGCUGAAGAACUUCGAACACUCUUACAAACCUUGGACCAAAACUUCAAGGUGUUAAGACACGUGGUUUUGGAUCAACUAAAGGUCAAGAUCAACGAACAGAGAAAGCAACUGUUGAAUAUCUCCGAGGACUUCUUAUGGAACUGGAAUGAGACGUAUAUGUAUUUCCAGUACCAGAACUACAUUCAUCUGAAGGACCUUGCUCGGGCAAGAGAUGCCAUGAACGAGCGAACCUACUCUGUGAUAGCACAUGGAGUUCAGGAGUUCACCUUCAGUGUUGAAAGGAAAAUUGAGCAACUGGCUGAUCCAGAGAUCAGCGAUACCUCAGUGAGGAAGAUGCUCUUCAUCAUGGUCAAGAACCAGCUUGAAGCAAGGAUAGACAUGGCCAAAAGAACAAUACAAAACCACACCCAGCUGUUAUCAAGCUACCUCAAUGGAACGCCAGUUUUUAACUACAGGUUCAGAAAGUUCAGUCGGGAAUACAGCUACCUUCUGAUUCCGAAGGAGCUGAUUCAUCAGGCAUUUCAUAGGUCCGAGAUUGUCAGAAGGCGUACAAAUCAGCUUGAGACUGAUAUCAAGGAAAUGAUUUACUGGAUGGAAGAAUACGAAAAUCUUGCUGCGUCAGCGUUUAUGAAUGGAACCAUAAAUACCACUUUAUUACAUUUUGCUAACGUACAUUUUCUAGACAAGUGCAGACAGUUUUUGCAAAGUAAAAGCCACUUCUUUUAUGAUUUUAUACAAUGGAUGAUUAUACAGUUAGAUAAGAGGGAGCAGGAUUUCACUCACAUUAAAAAGGACUUUAAAAAGGCACAUGGCGUUACGUUAAAGUAUCUGGGCAUCGUAGGAGAUGCAAUAGAAAGCAUCCUAUUGUCCUUAGAGGAUGUUCAGAAAGGAAAACGUUUGUGUGAGGACUAUUUGACCUAUGGGAAUAUUAGCCUUGAGGUUGCGUCACACUUCUUCAGAUCUAAAACUUUUCAGAAUAAUGUCAACAGUUUAAAUGUGUUCUUCGCAACUGUCAGGAAUAGAGGACAGAAUGUUUACGACAGCUGGGAGAAGCUUUCAGUGGUUAGUCAAGAGAUGUGGAACUUCACCUUGAAGCAGGUGGACCUUAUGCCUUACUGGAGGUACAUGGACAUUAGCAGGUACUUGAGAAACAGCUCGGAGGUAACUCGGGAGAUCAAGGACAGCUUUCUCGACCAUCGAGACAUGAUUGACGUCCAGUGUGGGUUCGAUAACAAAGAUGAGACGUUGCUGCGGAGUCUUGAGAGUCUCACCGAUCAUAUGGACGAGUUCUACGCCAGUAGUCACGUUGAUUCAACGUUUGUCAAAGAUCAGGAUAUAAGGGAAAACUUCUUGAAGUUGGACGUUUAUUUCCGCCAACUCAGCUAUGAGAAACACACUCAACAAAUUGCCUAUGACGUGUUUGCGCUGUUCUGUGACAUCGGGGGAUCUAUGGGACUCUUCAUCGGAGCCAGUGUCCUCACAAUCGUGGAAAUCUUAGACCUCAUCAUAUUUCAAGCAAUAAGGCUUUCAAACAAACGCUGAACUUUAGAGUUUCACAUUUUGGGAUCACCGUCUUCAAAUUCUGGGGUCACCAGCUUCAUGUUCGCCGAUCACCAUCAUCAUGUUCUCGGAUCACCAGAUUCGUGUUCUCGGAUCACCAGCUCCAUGUUCCCGGAUCAUCAUCUUCAUGUUCUCGCAUCACCAGCUUCGUGUCCUUGAAACACCAUCUUCAUGUUCUCGGAUCACCAGAUUCGUGUUCCCGGAUCACCAUCUUCCUGUUCUCGGAUCACCAGCUUCGUGUUCUCGGAUCACCAGCUUCAUGUUCCCGGAUCACCAUCUUCAUGUUCUCGCAUCACCAGCUUCGUGUUCUUGAAUCACCAUCUUCAUGUUCUCGGAUCGCCAGCUUCGUGUUCCUGAUCACCAUCUUCAUGUUCUCGGAUCACCAUCUUCAUGUUCUCGGAUCACCAGCUUCGUGUUCUUGGAUCACCAUCUUCAAGUUCCCGGAUCACCAGCUUCAUGUUAUCGGAUCACCUGCUUCAUGUUCUCGGAUCACCAGUUUCAUCUUCUCGGAUCACCAGUUUCAUGUUCUCGGAUCAUCUUCUUUAUAUUAUCGGAUCACCUGCUUCAUGUUCUCGGAAAACCAGUGUCAUGUCACGGAUCACCAGCUUCGUGUUCUCGUAUCACCAGUUUCACCUUCUGCGAUCACCAGCUUCUCAAGUUCUCGGAUCACCAGCUGCAUGUUCACGGAUCGCCAGCUUCAAGUGCUCGGAUCACCAGCUUUAUGUUCUCGGAUCACCAGCUGCAUGUUCUCGGAUCGCCAGCUUCAAGUGCUCGGAUCACCAGCUUUAUGUUCUCGGAUCACCAGCUUAAUAACCCGCACUAUGUGACUGAUUGCGAUGUAUAUAUUUUGGGAGAUUUCAAUGGUCGUGUUGGAGGUCGCAAUAUACCACCUGAUGGAUGCAAAAAUUACUUUCCUGAAGAUGAGCCAGUACCUUUAUGUGUUCGAUUUACUCAAGAUAGUGUUUUAAAUAGAUUUUGGGAUUACUUUUUAAAUUUUUGCAUCUUUUUCAAUCUGUUCAUAGUUAACAUGAAAGGCGAUGAUAAAGGUCACUUCACAUUUCUGAACAAAGCUGUUGUGUUAAUUAUCAUAAGAUUUCCUCCCAAAAAUUUCUUGAAAUACUUUGAUAGCUUUAGGGUAUGUGAUAAAGCAGACAUAUACUAAUAAUUCUCGGCUUUAAACUUAACAUUAAGAACGUAAUAGAAUGGAGGAAACUGACAUCGCGGCUUAAAUGUAAAGUCUUUCAUGAACAUCACUUCAGUGGACCAGAAACAUAUCACGAAUGUUAACAGACACACUGUUCAGAUAUAUUUGUCAUAUUUCGACUACAUAUCAGAUGCCGCAAAAUGUAUGAGAAAGAAAAGAAUCUCCCAAAUUAAACUUAAAUAUGUGUAUGGUUGCGAAUGUCACUGGUCAAAGUUACAAACAAGGAAAAGCCUUAAGCCCUUACGAAUGACGGAAAUACAGUUUAUAAAAAUAGAUAUUGUCAACUCAAAAGUAUGCAGAAACUGGGAAAAAUGUGAACAAAAUACAUCUAGAAAGGUGUACUUAAUUAGAUUAGAAAUCUAAAUUAUUCUGGAAGGAGUCGAAAAAACUACCUAAUCUGAAUAUAUUUUCGAUGAAACUUGGUAUUAUCUUUUCAAAACAAUUCAUUAUCCUAACUUUCCUGAACAGGAUACGGAAUUAAAGGUGCCUACAGCUAUCGAAUAAGAAUGUUGAUAAACAAAUACUAGAAUGUCAUAGUAGGGAAGACGAAAUUCGGAAAGCUAUAAAAG